CCGAAAAAGUACUUAAUUGAUGGAUCAACCACUCUCUAAUUUAGUAAUAGAGUUUUAUUGUUGUUGUCUAAAAGACUUUUUCUUUGGUUGACUUCACCCCCACAACGUUGUUAGGCGUCUCACAUUGACAUUGCUAUCUCCUUCUCUAAUUUCAUUAUGCAGAUUGGUUUCUAAAAAGACUUAAAGAUCAUAUUCAUGACAUGGCUCUUGAUCCUUCGUCUCGUAGUUGGGUACACGAUGUCUUCCCGAGCUUCCACGGAGCAGAUGUUCGCAAAGACUUUCUCAGUCACGUUAUCAAGGAGUUCAAAGCAAAGGGAAUCGACAUAUUCAAUGAUAAUGAUAUUGAGAGAAGCAAAUCGAUCCGUCCAGAACUCGAAAAAGCUAUUAGAGGAUCAAGAAUCCUGAUCGUCUUGCUCUCGGAAAAUUACGCUUCUUCGACAUGGUGCCUUAAUGAAUUGGUGGAGAUUAUGAAUUGUAGCAAAGAGUUGGGUCAAACGGUGAUGACCAUUUUCUAUAAAGUGCAUCCAACUGAUGUAAAGAAGCAAACCGGAAAUUUUGGACAAGUCUUCAGAAAAACUUGCAAGGGUAAAACAAAAGAGAACAUUAGGAGAUGGAGACAUGCUUUAGCCGAAGUGGCAAUAAUUGCUGGUUACCAUUCAAGCAACUGGUGUAAUGAAGCGGACAUGAUCGAACAAAUUGCGACAAACGUUUCAAAUGCACUAAAUAAUUCUAUCCCAUCAAACUGCUUUGAAGACUUAGUUGGGAUUGAAGCUCACAUGGAAAAGAUGAUGUCUUUGUUAUGCCUAGAAUGUGAUGAAGUGAGAAUGGUAGGGGUUUUGGGUCCUGCGGGUAUUGGUAAGACGACCAUCGUUAGAGCCUUAUAUGAAACACUUUGUAGUAACUUCACUCAUACUGCAUUUAUGGUGAGUAUAAAAGGAGUCUAUACAGUACAGAACCGCGACAACUUUGCACUCAUGUUGCAAUUACAAGAACAACUUUUAUCUCAAACCUUAAAUCAAAAGGAUUUGAAGAUACGUCACUUAGGUGUGGCACGGGAAAGGUUGAAAGAUAAGAAAGUGCUUGUCGUUCUUGAUGAUGUUGAUCGGUUAGUACAGUUAGAUGCUAUGGCGAAAGAACCUAAAUGGUUUGGUAAUGGAAGUCGGAUUAUCAUAACAACACAAGACCACAACCUCUUAAAGGCACAUGGUAUCAAUAAUAUUUACAAGGUGGAUUAUCCUAUUGAUGAAGAGGCGCUGCAAAUCUUCUGCUUGAAUGCUUUUGGGCAAAAGUCCAUUAGAGAUGGUUUCGAGGAGCUUGCAUGGGAAGUUACAAAACUUUCCGGGAAACUCCCCUUGGGAUUAAGUGUAAUGGGCUCUUAUUUCCGAGGAAUGUCCAAGCAAGAGUGGAUCGAUGCACUACCAAGGUUAAGAACUAGGCUUCACCAAGAUAUUCAAAGUGUUUUAAGAUUCAGUUACGACGCCUUAUGCGAUGAAGAUAAAGAUUUAUUUCUUUAUAUAGCUUGCUUUUUCAGCCAUAAAAGUAUUCAGACACUUGAAGAUUAUCUUGCGGAUACGUUCUUGGACUUGAGUCAAGGGCUUAAAAUAUUAGCUGAAAAGUCUCUCAUAUCUCGGGAAUGUGGAUUUAUAAAGAUGCCUAGUCUGUUAGUACAACUAGGUAGAGAAAUUGUUCGUAACCAAUUUGUUCAAGAACCUGGACAACGCAAAUUUUUGGUUGAUGCUAGAGAGAUAUGUGAAGUCACUAAGGAAUCGGGUAGUAAAAGUACAGUAGGUAUGGAUCUCGACUUAUCUGAAAUCAACGGUGAUUUUGAUAUUAGCGAAAGAUGCUUCGAAAGAAUUUGGAAUCUCCAAUUCUUAAGAUUCCAUGGAAAAGUUGAAGGUUAUAAUGGUUGUAGAUUGCACUCUCAACAAAGUCUGAAAUAUCUAUCUCCGAAGCUUCGAUUACUACAUUGGGAAUAUUUUCCUAUGACAUGUUUGCCUUCUGGCAUCAAUACAUCGUUCCUUGUCGAGCUAAACAUGCGUUACAGCAUGCUUAAGAAGCUGUGGGAAGGAGUUCAACCUCUACAAAAUCUCAAGUGGGUGGAUUUGAGUUAUUCCAAAAACCUGAAGAAGCUUCCUGAUCUCUCAACGGCCACUAAUCUCUUGAGUUUAGAUAUCAGUCACUGCUCAAGGUUGAUAGAGCUACCAUCUUCAAUUGGAAACGCAAUGAACCUCUUGAUUUUGAAUAUCGAACAUUGCACAAGCUUGCUGACUAUCCCAAACUCUAUCGAAAGUAUCCCUAAUCUCAAGAUAUUUCUUGUUGAAUGCUCAAGUCUGGUGCAACUCCCUUCUUGUAUUUGGAAUAUCACUAGUCUCAACACAUUUAAUCUCGACAAUUUCUCUAGUUCUUACCAGGACCCUUUGAUGUGGAAUGCUAAGAAUUUCCAAGAUUUGGAUCUCAGUGGAUGCUCAAGUCUAAGGAGGCUCCCUUCUAUAGUUAAUGCAGCCACUAAUCUCCAUGAGCGAAAGCCUAAUUUCAUAGAGAGAAACCCAUAUCUUUAUAGAUACUUAUCUUCGGUGGGACUCUCCUCCUCUGUAGUUGAUGUCACUUAUCUUCAUGAGCAAAAUCAAACAUCUUCGGUGGGAUUCUCUUCCUCUAUUGGUAAUGUUACUAAUCUCAAGAAACUAAAUCUCAGCAACUGCUCAAGUCUAGGAUUCAAGAAGAAGAAUUAACACAAUCUCAAAAUAUAUCUUCUUUAUUUCUUUAGGAAAAAUACCUCAAAAACCUAAAGCUCACAAACUCUCAAAUCUUGAAUAAUAGGAAGUCACAACCCAACAUCUCUAUUUAUAAGGAACCUUACAAUCACUCUUUCCUAAUCUCUCUAGGAAGACAAUUCCUUAUUUCACACAACUUCCUAAACUUCCAAUUCUAAUCUCUUAGGCUUGCUUGAGCACCAAGCUUACUCCAACAUUCUCCUCCUUAAGCUUGUAAUGCAUUUUCUCCAAGUCUUGAACUCCCAUGAGCUCUCUCAUCUCUUUAAACCUCAUAUUACCCAAUGCUUUAGUAAGUAUGUCUGCCUUUUGUAUGAUUCCUGGAACAUGCUCAACCACAACCUCUUCUUUCUCCACACAUUCUCUUAUAAAGUGAAAGCGCCUCUGAAUGUGUUUACUUCGGCCGU